UCAGGAAUGCGCUGCUCCUGAGGAACCCCCCCUGCUCCCCUCCCCUCCCCUGGAUUCGGCUGGCUGCUGACAUGGCAGCCACCUCCUGUCGCCGCAUCCACCGGCCGUUGCCGGGGCUCCGUCACAGCCUGCAUCUGCUGAGGCAGGACCGCAAGAGGUAGAGAGAGAGAACCCAGGGAGAGAGCGAGACAGCGAGAGAGGCGGCCAGCCUCCCGUGGAAUGCCUGCAGGGAGGACCUGACAACCCUGCCCCAAGAUGAACAACUCGUCGGACGUCAACCAGAGCGCGCCGCCCUUCUGCCUCCUGGACUUGGGCUACUCGCAGAUGCUCGACACCUGCGUCCUGGAGGUGGCCAUCAUCCUCUUCCUCACCGUGCUCAUCAUCGCCGGCAACCUGGUGGUGAUCUUCGUCUUCCACUGCGCCCCGCUGCUCAACCACCACACCACCAGCGCCUUCAUCCAGACCAUGGCCUACGCCGACCUGCUGGUGGGCGUGAGCUGCCUCAUCCCCUCGCUCUCCCUGCUGCACUACCUGAGCCGGCUGGACGAGAAGCUCACCUGCCAGGUGUUCGGCUACAUGGUGUCGGUGCUGAAGAGCGUCUCCAUGGCCUCGCUGGCCUGCGUCAGCGUGGACCGCUACGUGGCCAUCACGCGGCCGCUGUCCUACGCCACGCUGGUCACGCCCUGCCGCCUGCGCGUCUGCAUCGUCUGCAUCUGGCUCUACUCCGGCCUGGUCUUCCUCCCGGCCUUCUUCGGCUGGGGCAAGCCCGGCUACCACGGCGACAUCAUGCGCUGGUGCGCCGAGUCGUGGGCCACCCAGCCGCACUUCACCUCCUUCAUCGUGGCCCUGCUGUACGCCCCGGCCGCCCUGGUCGUCUGCUUCACCUACUGCAACAUCUUCCGCAUCUGCCAGCAGCACACGCGCGAGAUCAGCGAGCGCCGCGCCCGCUUCGGGCCCCAGGAGGGCGAGCCGGGCGGAGAGGGGCCGGCGUCCCCGGACAAGCGCUACGCCAUGGUGCUCUUCCGCAUCACCAGCGUCUUCUACAUCCUGUGGCUGCCCUACAUCAUCUACUUCCUGCUGGAGAGCGCCGGCAUCUACCACCACGCGCUGGCCUCCUUCCUCACCACCUGGCUGGCCAUCAGCAACAGCUUCUGCAACUGCCUGAUCUACAGCCUGUCCAACAGCGCCUUCCGCAAGGGCCUCAAGCGGCUGUGCUCCUUCUGCGCCCGCCGCGUCGACAGCAAGAAGCCCUCGGGCACGGGAGGAGGAGGAGGAGGAGGAGGAGGAAGCACACGGUCGGCGUGCCACGUGUAG